AUGCAAUCGCCCUCAGCCACUGCUCACAGAGGGUGUGUCCGCUGGCAGGGGCUCCUGCUGGCAGUCUUGCUCUUAACCAUUUGGAACCCGCCCACCACUGCCCAAAUCACUGUCAAAGCAGUGCCGCCCAAUGCUGUUGUUGGGGAGGAUGUUCUAUUCCUUGUCUCCGGCCUGAAUCAGAAUCUUUAUAGCUAUAUCUGGUGCAAAGGGAGCGGAAUACGCCGCAAAGAUAUAAUUCUAUCAUAUGGAGUAGAUAGAGCAGAAAUUACCCCAGGGCAUAGAUAUGAUGGUCGAGAGAAACUAUACCCCAAUGGAUCCCUGCUGCUCCAGAACGUCACCCAGGAGGACACAGGAUGCUACACCAUAGAAGCCUUGCAGAGAAAUAUGAGAAUUGAUACAGGAACUGCACUGCUCUGUGUACACCUGGAGUUACCCACACCUGUCAUCACAAGCAACAGCUCCAGCCUCGUGGAGCAUAAGGACCCUGUAUUUGAAUGUGAACCUGAGAUUCAGGACACCAUUAUGUGGUCCAUCAACAGUCAGAGCCUGGAACUAAUAGGUCAUAAGCGCUGGUCUCAAAGCCCCCCAUCAGAGUCCGCAGAAGACGUAGGGACCCCAGUGACAGAACAUAAGGACCUUGUGGUCCUGACCUUCCUCACAAGAGGAGAUGACCUGACUGCCCAGAACCUUCUCGGGUCCCAGGUUGCCUCCUACCUGGCCUUUGACCCCAGAAUUCACCUUCCUUCAUUCUCUUCUCUUUCCAUGACAGAUGUUCCAACACAAGGAAGUUCUGGCCUCUCAGCUGGGGCUAUUGUCAGCAUCAUGAUUGUAGUGCUGGCUGGCGUAGCCCUGAUAGCAGCCCUGGUGUACUUUCUGGCAAGUGACCAGCGUGAUCUCACAGAGCACAAAACCUCAGCCUCCAACCACAGUCAGGGCCACUCUGACAACUCCCCUAACAAGGUAAGCACAGCCAGUGUCACUGGUUCACUUUCUCAUGGAAAUAUCUCUGUGUAGAAUGGGUUAUUCUUGAAGACACCAAUGUGAGACCAGGUUUGGGUCAAAGUUCCUCAGUGCAGAAGCAAACAAAGAAGUGUUGGUAACGACCCCCAUGAGUCUACCUCAUUGCAAGCAUGUGGACUUUGGAAUUAUCCCCAUCCUAUGUUUGAAUCCUGGCUGAGACUCUUAGUACCUCUGUGAUCUUGGACAAGUAGCUUAACCUUUCUGAUCCUCAGCUUUGUCAUCUGUAAAUGGGCAUGCUGCCUACUUCGAAGAGAAGCUGAAGGAGUUAUGUAAGAUACU